AGACGCGCUCCGAGAUGGAACCCCUAAGAGGAAAAGAAAGAGAGGGAGAAAUAGAAAACUCCAGUUAUACCUUCUUGCGCUCUUUCGACCGAGAGGAAAGCGAAUUUUAUUGUGUACUUUCACCCUGUCACAGGGCUUUCUCAGGAAUACCUGCAUAACAAGUACAGCAGCGUGUGUUAGAGAUUGAGCACGUGCUCCUGCUGUGAGGUUUCCAGGAACGCUGCACUAGUUGUAGUGCCGUGUCCAGCCAGAUCCCGGAGCAAAAGGACCAUGCCGGAACUUGCUGAACCGCUGGGACGAACGCUACGCCCUGAUGGGCCGUUCGUCUCCAGCAGGUAACACACCUGUGGGUGCUCUGAAAGGGGUGAGACCACUAGCUGGGACCAUGAGCUCACAUGGAAAUGCUUCUGAGCUUCUCUUGGAGACCAUCUCCUCCUCCAUGGCCUUCGUGCCCUUUGACCCAGAGGCAACUCUGGGCAAUGUAAUCCGCAAUGGGUCAUUUGGCUGCAACCAAAGUGGGAUUAUCUCGGAACCCUCACUGUUUGGAAACCUGACAUCCAGCGGCGGUGUCUCCAGAAGGGAGGCCAGAGGGUGCAUGGAUCAGGCAGCUGAGUUCGGGCAGAAGAACUGGGCAGCGCUGCUGAUCUUGGCUGUGGUGGGGGUCACAGUCACUGGGAACAUCCUAGUCAUCAUGGCUGUCAGCCUGGAGAGGAAGCUGCAGAAUGCCACCAACUACUUCCUCAUGUCAUUGGCUGUUGCGGACAUGCUGCUGGGCCUCCUGGUCAUGCCUGUCUCUAUGGUGACCAUCUUGUACGAUUACUCAUGGCCACUCCCUGCUGUCCUGUGCCCAGUGUGGAUCUACCUGGACGUCCUGCUGUCCACGGCAUCCAUCAUGCACCUGUGUGCCAUCUCUCUGGACCGCUAUGUGGCCAUCCGUAACCCAUUCCACCACAGCCGCUCCAACUCCCGCUCCCGCGCCCGUGCCAAGAUCACUGCUGUCUGGACCAUCUCUGCUGGUAUCUCUAUGCCCAUUCCAGUCUUGGGCCUCCGCGACCACACCAAAGUCUUCAAGGAUGGCAGCUGCUUCCUGACAGACAACUCUUUUGUGCUGAUUGGCUCAUUUGUGGCCUUCUUUGUGCCACUGACCAUCAUGGUGGUGACCUACUUCCUAACCAUCAGUGCUCUCCAAAGCGAGGCCACACUCUGCCUGGACCAGCUGGUGCCACGUCCCCGGUGGAGCACCGGUUUGACCCUCAGCUUUUUGCCUGGACCUGCCCUCUCACCAUCUGAGAAGAAGCUGUUCCUGCGCCGCUCCCUGAGCCGAGAGACUGGGGUCACAUCCUCACCAUUUGGCCGCCGUGCAGCGCAGUCACUUGGCAAUGAGCGCAAGGCCUCCAAGGUCCUGGGUGUGGUCUUCUUCCUCUUUGUGGUUAUGUGGUGCCCAUUUUUUGUCACAAACGUUCUGGCGGUGGUCUGCCAGCCUGCCACUUGCCACGAUGAUGUCAUGGGUGGACUUCUCAAUGUCUUCGUGUGGGUGGGCUAUCUGUCAUCGGCUGUGAACCCGCUGGUCUACACGCUCUUUAACAAGACCUUUCGUUCAGCCUUUGCUAGGUACGUACGAUGCCAGUAUCGCGAGGAGAAGAAACCAUUGCAGCUCAUUCUGGUCAACACUAUUCCACCAUUAGCCUACAAUUCUACGCAUUUACCACUUGCUGGAAGUCUGGGCAAUGGAGACUUCUCUCCGGCCCUUCCAAGUAAAAAGCCUCAUCCUUGUAAAAAAGGCAUGGAGGAAAGCGUUACCUGUGUUUGAACUAACACCUGAACCAAUAAGUCCUGGAAAGAGUGUCGUUUGCUCGUGCCAAAUUCCUGGGUUCCAUACUGGGCCCAUUCUUUUUGUUUCCUGACAGAAGGAGCUGGAUCGUCUGAGGCCAAAAAGUGAAGAAUUUCUAUCCUAAAACCAAUGUUUGGUGGGCUAAACCACUGUAUUC